GUGUUAACUGGGACGAGCAGCAGUAAUGUACAAUAGUGUAUUUGGGUGUUGGUGGUCUGCCAGCACGCCAGGUGGCGCUGUCGGUAUUACAGGACAUUACAAUGCUGACACUUGCUGCUUUGUCAUCAAGUUAGCUUCCGUUGUCUUAGUAAAUCAUCUUCUUUACUCUUCAGACCGCAAUCGCAGACUAAGUUCUAAAUGUUACGUACAUAUAUAUAAAUAUAUAUAUGUGUGUAUAUGUAUACGUUUACGCCUAUAUUUACUGCUUUAAACGUGCCUAACGCCACUCGGGCACAUUUAUAUACGCUAGCUACUUGUUACAUGUUAGCUGUGUGCUAGCAUGACAAUGAAGAUGAAGAUGUCAACUAUAUCUGUUUUCAAACACUUUGACGUGGGAGAAGAGACUUUAAUGGAGCUGCCUGCGCUGAACAAAGCCUCAGUGUUGGUCCCUCUGUUUGUAAGAAGUGGGAAGCUGCAUACUCUGAUGACUUUACGUUCUAAAGAGUUAAGGACCAGUGGAGGCGAGGUGUGUUUUCCUGGUGGUAAACACGAGGCAGGUGACAAAGAUGAAGUGGACACAGCCCUGAGAGAAGCGGAAGAGGAGAUUGGUUUACUUCCUGCUGAUGUCCACGUCGUCUGCAGGUUGCAUCCCAUCAUCAGUAAGAACCAGGUGCUGGUGACCCCGGUGGUGGGCUUCAUCCAGGAGUCCUUCAGGCCCAGACCAAACCCCGCUGAGGUCAGUGCCGCCUUCACGGUCCCCUUGGACCUCUUCACUCUGGACAAAGACCACCUGGGAGACCCCCGUGCCGCGCAGGCCCCGGUGCCGUCCUUGUCCUUCCACUUUACCGACCCCCGCACGGGAGCCCGGUACCACAUUUGGGGUCUGACCGCCAUGGUGGCCCUCAUAGUCGCCGCCAUCGCUCGUAAGACCUCACCCGAGUCGGAUGUGGGCGUCCGUGCGGAGGAGCUGCAAGUCAUGCUCAGACGACACCUGGAGGAGAGGCGGAGUAAACUCUGACCUAGUUGUGGACUAAUGUGGGGCGGUAUGGCGGAGUGCAGACCUAAUGUGGGCUGGUAUGGCGUAGGGCAGA